AUGUUGUUCUCACGCACUGGUCUCCUAGCUCCUUCGCUGGCUUCGCUGCUCUUCACAGGUAAUGCAAUUGCCGACGAUGCGGGCGCCAGAGCGCGCGACUCCCUUCAGGUCCUUCAAGGCUGGUAUAACACUUCGAGUGGAAUUUGGGAUACGGCCGGGUGGUGGAACAGCGCCAAUUGCAUGACCAUCGUCGCGGACCUGGCUGCCUUGGAUCCAUCAGUGAUCAAUACGGCGACGUAUGUCUUCAACCAUACCUUCACCGUGGGGCCAGUGUCGAACCCCAACCCCGGGCCGGAGACAAAGACCGUCUUCACACGCGACAGCCAACCAUCAAACGCCGUCAAUGCCUCGGAAUGGCUUGCCCAGGCCUACGAUGAUGAUGGAUGGUGGGCUCUGGCGUGGAUUGCCGCAUGGGAUAUCACAAAGGAGGAGAACUACCUCGAGCUCGCUGAGGAAAUUUUUGAGAGCUUGGCCAAAGCGUGGGGAACGAACUGCGGUGGAGCAGGUCUUCCCUGGAGUCCUGUCAGUACGUAUGUGAACUCGAUUACGAACGAGCUCUUCCUCUCUAUCGCGGCGCAUCUGGCGAACCGAGUCCCGGACCGAAAAUCAUACUAUGUGAGCUGGGCCCAGAAAGAAUGGGAUUGGUUCGCCGCUCAGGGAUUCAUCGGAGAGAACGGUACCAUCAACGAUGGACUACUGGGAGACUGCCAGAACAACGGUGAUACCGUGUGGACCUACAAUCAAGGCGUGGUUCUCGGCGGCCUAGUUGAACUCAACAAAGCAGCACCCAACGACACGUACUUGCCCUCUGCCAACAAGAUUGCAAAGGCAGCCAUUGAAUCAUUGACAGAUUCAAACGAUAUCUUACACGAAGCCUGUGAGCCGGAAUGUCUUCCAGACGGAACCCAGUUCAAGGGAAUCUUCGCCCGCAAUCUCGCCAUGCUGCAGAAGGCAUCUCCGAAUGCGAUUUACAGCAAUGUCAUCACCGCCUGGGCAAACAGUAUUUGGAACAAUGAUCGCAAUGAGAAGAACCAGUUCGGUAUUAAUUGGGCAGGCCCCAUUCAAGCGACGGUGGAUGCAUCAACACACAGUUCCGCUCUGGACGCACUUGUUGCUGCGGUUGCUGUCAGUCAUUGA